GAUUUUCGUUUUACAUUGUUCUCACCCUCGGGUCGGUGGUCCCCGGUGAGUGCAUGGCUAGGAAUAAUCUCACCUCCGUGUCCGACUUCAUCCUCGUGGGCUUUACUGACCACCCCAGCCUGGAGGCUCCCCUCUUCCUGGUGUUCCUCAGUUUCUAUCUUGUCACCCUUCUGGGGAACGUGGGGAUGAUUAUUCUCAUCCAAGUGGAUGCCCGGCUCCACACCCCGAUGUACUUCUUCCUGAGCCACCUUGCCCUGCUGGACGCCUGCUACGCCUCAGUCAUCACCCCUCAGAUCCUGGCCACACUGGCCACGGGCAAAACGGCCAUUUCCUACGGUCAGUGCGCUGCCCAGUUCUUCUUCUUCACCAUGUGUGCAGGUACAGAGUGCUUCCUGCUGGCCGUGAUGGCCUACGACCGCUGUGUUGCUAUUAGCAACCCACUGCUCUACACUGUGGCCAUGAAGCCCAGAAUCUGCUGGAGCUUGGUGAUGGGAGCCCACGUCUGUGGGCUGUCAGGGUCCGUCCUGCGUACCACGUGCACCUUCUCCCUCUCCUUCUGUGAGGACAACCGGAUCAACUUCUUUUUCUGUGACCUCCCACCCCUGCUGAAGCUUGCCUGCAGUGACACAACGAACGCUGAGAUCGUCAUCGUCGUCUUCGGCAACUUCGUGAUUUUGGCCAACGCCUUGGUCAUCCUGAUCUCCUACCUGCUCAUCAUCAAGGCCAUCUUGAAGGUGAAGUCUUUAGGAGGCAGGGCCAGGACUUUCUCCACAUGUGCCUCCCACCUCACCGCUGUGGCCCUUCUCUUUGGGACCCUGACCUUCAUGUACAUAUGGAGCAGCCCGGGCAAAUCCCUGGAGGAGGACAAGGUCGUGUCUGUCUUCUACACUGUGGUCAUCCCCAUGCUGAACCCUGUCAUCUACAGCCUGAGGAACAAGGACGUGAAAGCUGCCCUCAGGAAGGUCACUGGGAGACUCCCGGUGUCCCAGGGCGCGUAG